AUGAAAGGCUGGCGGGUCCUUGAUGUGGAGGUGGAGGGUCAGAAAAGUCAACACAUGUUUUGGCUGGCGAAAAUCCAGGACCCCUGUAUUAUUGGAUUGGACUUGCUGGCGGCGUGGGGGGGCAUAAUAGAUGUUACUUCAGCCACGCUCCGAGUGGGCCACAAAGCCGUUGAACUUCACUCCCAACGUCAAGAGAAGGUGCGACAGGUUAAUGCACCAACACUAUCAGAAGACCGCAACAGGGCUCCACAAAGACCACUGGAUGACUUGGUGGGGACGGAGGAGGCACAUGCAGAACUGCCAUCAGAGGAGACAAGGCAGGCUGUACGGGAGCUGUGCCUGCGGAGCUGUGGAGGACUGGGUCAGGAGCAGAGUGAACGGUUACAGGACCUGCUGGAGGCCUACAUUGACAUUUUUGCUGCUAAGGAUGAGGAGUGUACUCGCACUAAUCUGGUACAGCACGACAUCGACACUGGAGAAACGAGACCCAUCCGUCUACGGCCCCACCGUCUGCCUUUUUCAAGGCGGGCCGUGGCAGAGAAGAAGAUCGAAGAGAUGCUAAAGGCUGAUGUCAUAGAGCCCUCCAAUAGCCCCUGGGCCGCACCGGUAGUGCUGGUGGGAAAGAAAGACAAAGACUGGCGGUUCUGUGUUGACUACCGACGCCUGAAUGAAAACACCCGCAAGGACUCCUACCCCCUCCCACGCAUUGACGAUACGCUGGACUACAUUGCUGGGUCCAGUUGGUUCAGUUCCCUUGACCUUCGCAGCGGUUAUUGGCAAGUGGAACUGUCUCCAGAAGCUCGCCCAAAGACAGCAUUCACCAUUGGGCAGGAACUGUGGCAAUUUAAGGUGAUGCCUUUUGGUCUCUGCAAUGCCCCAGCUACCUUUGAACUCCUCAUGGAAAGGGUGUUGGCCCAUAUUCCACGAAGCCGCUGUGCGGUCUACCUGGAUGACCUUCUGGUGCACGCAGACAGUUUUGAGGCUGCCCUGGCCAACCUUCAGGAAGUGUUUGAUACCAUUCGCCAGGCUAACCUGCGACUUCACCCACAGAAGUGUCACCUGCUCCAGAGAGAGACCACCUUUCUGGGCCACGUCAUCAGUGCAGCCGGAGUAUCUACAGACCCGGACAAGGUCAGUGCAGUGAGGAAUUGGCCAGAGCCUCGGGACACUAAGGAGCUGCAUAGCUUCUUGGGGCUAGCCUCCUAUUACCGGAGAUUUGUAAAGGACUUUGCCACUCUCGCCAGCCCCCUGCAUCGGCUGACCCAAAAGGGACAAACAUUCCACUGGGAUGAAGACUGUGCUGCUGCCUUCUCUGCACUCAGGAUGGCACUGGUGGGGGCCCCAGUACUGCAGUAUCCUGACCCAAACCAACCCUUCAUUCUGGAUACUGAUGCCAGUGAUAGAGGCAUUGGGGCAGUGCUCUUUCAAGGGGGAGAGACAGGAGAACGGGUUGUUGCUUAUUACAGCCGCACCCUCAGCCGGGCAGAAAGGAACUAUUGUGUCACCCGGCGGGAGCUGCUGGCUGUUGUCCAGGGUGUUCGACACUUCUGCCACUACCUCUAUGGGAGGAAGUUUCUUCUUCGCACUGACCAUGCAUCCCUGACCUGGUUGCUGAAUUUCAAAGAGCCAGAGGGGCAACUAGCACGGUGGUUAGAGGCACUGCAGGAUUACAACUUCCAAAUCGUUCACCGGGCUGGUCGGCUUCAUGGCAAUGCUGAUGCCCUGUCCCGCCGGCCGUGUGCAAUAGGAACUGACUGUAAGCAGUGUCAACGGGUGGAAGGACGUGGGUCAAUGGGCCCCCAGACCGUGGCUCUACAAGUCGUCAGCAAAAACCCACAACAUCCUAGGUGUCUCAGGGUGACCGAAGGGUUUGUGGAUGGUGUGGAAGUUAUGGGGGCCGAACAACUGCGGGCCGAGAUCGCUUCUCGGCCUUUUGGCUCAGACAGCGGUCCCCUCCUUUGGGUGGUGAUAGCGGAUUUUUGGACACGGUUUGAAAAUGCUAAGACCCAGUUUUCAGCAUUUGACGUCGAGAAGCUGACUGACAACUCCCUGAAAGCGGUGAUUGUCAGGAUGUUCAAUGAGACUGUCAGUGCUGAAGACAUCUGUAUGUGGCUGGGUAGAUACUGCACUGUGAGAGGCCAGGCUAUGAAGGUGCGGGGUGUGGACGGCAUCUGGAACUGUGCUUGGUGGGUCCCCAUUAAACAAUGGGAAGAACCCCAAGGCUUCCAGGGCCUGAAGCAUCUCCCCUCAAUGAUAGUCCUGGGGGAGAACAGAGGCUACAUUCACUAUCAAGGCCAACCCAAACUGUGCCGGAAGUGCGGCGAGCAUGGUCAUCUGGCCGAAACUUGUGAAAAAGUAUUCUGCGGUAAAUGUCGAGAAGUGGGACACACUUUUGAUGAGUGUACGAACGGGCGGAAAUGUAAUUUGUGUGGUGGACAGGAUCAUUUGUUCAGAGACUGUCCAAAAUCGUUUGCAAAUAAAUUGAAAAAAGGAAAAGAGACGCUAACGGAAACGGCUAAUGAGCAAGUGGACGCAGCUGGGUCGGAAAAUUCAAAUCUCCCGCCAGGUCCUCUGAUUGGAGGAGAGGAGGAGAGGGCGGGAAGCGGGGAGGGGAAGGAAGCCCCCCCCCAGACCGAAACAUCCAGUGAGGGGGGGGAGAUGCUAACCGAAGGCGGAGCUAGUUCGGCAUCUGAGGAAGAACAGACUGACAGUAGCGAUGAUGCCCCCCUCCCCGACGCCCAGCUGGCUAAGAGGCCGGCAUCUGAGUCACCUCCCGACCUUACCCCCAAGGUAGGGAAGAGAGGAAGGCUGGAGGAACUCUUCGGUUCUUUCGGAGAGGAAUCCAGAGCCUUCCUCGCUGGCUCAUCCAAUGAGGUCUCGUUCCUAGACUUUGCUCACCAAUCAACCCCGGAGGACCCAAACAAGGUAACGGCUUUAGAAAGACGGCCGGCACCGAGAGUCCGAAGGGGGAAUGGAGCUCCAGCCCGACCUGCACCACCAUGUGGGAAGGAAGAGCUCUAUUCACAGGACAGUCUCUGA